UUUGAACACCUUUUGAUUAAAAUAUAUAUAUUUAUUCAGUCACUGUUUUCUUUUCCGUGUGAUCGGCUAUGGCGAGAAAAUUCUGAUACCCAUGUGCUCCUUACCAGAUAUUUAUAGCCACAACUCGUUCCAUAUUUCAUUGCUGUUGCUCAUUUCAUUUCAGACUAUACUAUUCUUCUCAGUUUUCUCACACACACUCUGCUCAAACGAUGUCGUUGGCUCUGCAAAGCAAUGGAGGAGGAGUUACCAUCGGAAGGUCCAGCUUCGUCAACUGUGUUUCGAUCUGCGAUCGGGAUUUUCCGGCGGAAGAUUCCGAUUCUAGCGGCUCUUCCAUCGGAAGGAAGAGUACCUCGUCGGAAGAUUCCUCCGACCGGGAAGACUCCGGCGAAGUCGAGGUGCAGAGCUCGUUCAAAGGCCCUUUGGAAACCUUAAAUGAUUUGGAGGAAGAUUUACCCGUUAAGAGAGGCAUAUCCAAGUUUUAUAGUGGCAAAUCGAAGUCCUUCACAUGCUUAGCAGAUGCCGCUGCUGCAACUUCUAUGCAAGACAUAGUAAAGCCAGAGGAUCCUUAUGCCAAGAAACGCAAGAAUUUACUAGCCCGUAACAUAUUAAUUGACAGAAGUCGCAGUUACUCAGAUAACAUUGGUGGAAUAUCAAAGCGACCCGCUAACAUAGGUCGAGGAACAUCUUGUCUUACAUUGAGCAGCAGUGGCUGUGAGGAGGGGCAAAACUCCGAAUCAAUAUCUCCUCCCUGCCCUCUUCCUCCUCUUCAUCCACGUGCUAAUAGGUCAUCUGCAAAUGCAUCACCACCUCGUCCUCCUACACUAAAUUCUCCUUGGCGUUCAUACUCCUGGUCUGAUCUGCAGUCUGUAGCUGCAGAGGCUCAUGACAUAUCUGGCUUGGCAAUUUGUAGUGGCAACAAAGUACAUUGAAUUUUUGACAGAAAUUUAACUUUUUUGUUUAGUUUAUAGCGAGUGAGUUUUUAGUUCACAUUCGAGUUUGUUUUGUAAUGGCAGAGUACUUGUGAUUUGUGAACUCGUUUUAUAUUUAUAUAUAUGCUGAAGUAUUGUAUA